UUCGUUCUACUUACUACUCUCUGGAAGAGUUCACCAGCAGCGACAGACAGGAGCGCCCCAUCUCGCCUCAAAUCCGCCCCAAUGCCGGAUCCAACCCUUGAAUCUCACUAAAGAUCGAAGCUUUCGCGGAAAUGGCUUCUCUCCGUUCGGCGAAGAUCCUGUUUUGUUGGGGAUUUCUCCUUCAGCGAUGGCUCCUUUUGGUGGAUUCCGCCAUCGGCGUCAACUGGGGGACGGUGUCCUCCCACCGGCUUCCACCGCCAGUAGUAGUGGAUCUCCUGAAGGCGAACAAGAUCGGGAAAGUGAAGCUGUUCGGCGCGGAUCCUGAUGUCCUCCGGGCGCUGAGAGGGAGCGGCAUCGAGGUUAUGGUGGGGAUUCCGAACGAGUUACUGGGCGUCUUAGCGUCUUCAGCCACUGCUUCCGAUCUGUGGGUGAGUCAGAAUGUGACCAGGUACAUGGGCAAAGGCGGCGCCGACAUCAGAUAUGUUGCGGUUGGAAAUGAGCCUUUCCUCUCAAGCUAUCAAGGCCAAUAUCAAUCACUCGUACUACCAGCAAUGCUCAACAUUCAGCAAUCAUUAGCGAGAGUAAAUCUUGCAGGUUAUACAAAAGUAGUCAUCCCUUGCAACGCUGAUGCUUAUCAAUCAGCAUCUGUUCCUUCUGAAGGAAUGUUUCGGCCUGAACUGACGCAGAUAAUGACUCAACUCGUCUCAUUUCUUAACUCGAAUGGCUCCCCCUUUGUUGUCAACAUUUAUCCGUUUCUAAGUCUAUACCAAAGUGCAGAUUUCCCACAAGAUUAUGCUUUUUUUGAGGGUUCUUCUCAUCCUGUGGUCGAUGGACAAAACGUUUACUACAACGCGUUCGAUGGCAAUUACGAUACCUUAGUUGCUGCUCUCAACAAAAUUGGUUAUGGGCAAAUGCCUAUAGCCAUUGGCGAGGUGGGUUGGCCGACAGAAGGAGCAUCAUAUGCAAAUAUAACUGCUGCAUGGACUUUCAACCAAGGCCUAAUCAAUCAUGUUUUGAGCGGCAAAGGAACGCCUUUAAGGCCGGGAAUUCCUCCAGUCGAUGUAUACAUCUUCAGUCUUCUUGAUGAAGAGCAAAAGAGCACAUUGCCUGGGAACUUCGAACGCCACUGGGGGAUUUACUCCUUCGAUGGCCAGGCUAAGUACAACUUGAACCUCGGGUCAGGCAAUGCCCUGUUGAAGAAUGCUAAAAAUGUUCCAUACCUUCCAUCAAGGUGGUGUGUUAUCAAUCCGAUGCAGGAUCCAACCGCUGUCACAAACCACAUGAAGCUUGCGUGCAGCGUUGCUGAUUGCACGACCCUCUACUAUGGAGGAUCCUGCAACGCGAUCGGUGACAAGGGGAACAUUUCGUAUGCCUUCAACAGCUACUAUCAGCUGCAGAAGCAGGACUCAAGGAGCUGCAACUUUGAUGGCCUCGGGAUGAUUACAUUUCUCGAUCCAUCGAUUAGCGAAUGUCGGUUUCUUGUCGGUAUUAGUGACAGUAGCUGCUCCUGUGUUGGAUGUGGAGUCUGUUGUGCCUUGUGGAUCAUGGCAUUUUGGGUAGUCAUCUAUCUUAGAGUUAUGAAUUCCCUGUAGACUUGAAGGUUCUUUUAGAUGGUUAUCGAACAUAAUUAUACUGAUACAGGAUUUUGAGAAUUCAUGUAGCUCUGUCACUUGGAAUUUGAUGGAUGAUGCAUUACAAUCGCAAA